AUGGUCACCCGAGCAUGUGACGGCAUCCGCGUGCCCAACCCGAAGUAUGCAAAUGUCGCCGUGAACCCGUCACCGCCAUCUCCUCUGCCUUCUGUUCGUGCGGCCCUAAGCGACCCGGAAUGGCGUGCGGCGAUGCAAGAUGAGUUCAAUGCGCUGCAGGCCAACGGAACUUGGUCACUUGUUCCACGACCGCCACAUGCCAAUGUGAUCACCGGCAAAUGGCUCUUCAAGAACAAGCUCCAUCCCGACGGAACGCUGGAGCGGCGCAAGGCACGGUGGGUUGUACGCGGAUUCUCGCAACGACCGGGGGUUGAUUUUCAUCAAACCUUCUCCCCGGUGGUCAAGCCGACGUCCAUCCGCACGGUGCUCCAUCUUGCCGACUGUGGAUAUUGA